CACGGUGCAUUAAUGAUCCCACAAGCGAGGAAGCAUUGAGUUAAAGGUGGAAGAUAAAUAUAAGGCGAGUCAUAGUUGAAUGGCAUUGUUAUUUGUCAGCAAAAACUAGCUACAUAACUCAUUGUUAUAGUAAUACCCAACCAAAUGGCUUUUACUUACAAUUACUGCUACUAUACUUGGUAGCAGGAAGCACCCUCUCCAAGGCAAUUAAUAAAGGGUGCGUUGGUUCACACUUUCAAGUUUCAGAGAGUUAGAAGAGCUCGACCAAUUAAAGACCAUUUUCUUUUGUUUUCGCCGAAUGAGUUACUAUUACUACGUAACAUUAGUUAAGUUAAGGAUAAGGUUGCAGAUCGUUAAGGUACCUUCAAGCCAAUCGUGCAUCAGAUCACCGCCCCUCCCGAUCAGAAUGCAGCCUUUCAGAACUUUUCAAGGAUAGUAUUGAAAAAACAAAAACCAUUCCAGUUUUCUUUUCUGCGUAUAUAGCAUACGCAUAUAUACAUACACACUGCAUAUCUGCAACUGAGUGAUAAAUUAGGCAGGCCGUGCGUUAAUUUCUUCCCUCUUCUUUCUGCUGCUAUUGAUAUGAUGGGACUUUUGAUCUCUUUGGGUUUUGAUCGAUGCCGCUAUGCCCAUGUCCUUCAUCUGUGGUCUUUUGGACUUUUGCAAUUAACCAAUGGAGACAGAUAUCAACUCAGACUCACUCCAAGACCCAUCAUUUUCUUUCCGCCUUCUUUAUAUCCAUAUGAGGUUUUUUACUUAUGGGCCAAAACUAUAAUAACACAAUCCUUUUUUCUUAUGUGUGUGUACACAUUUGCAUUUGCUGCUUUCUUGUCUUUUUCUGCCCCCUUUGUCUUUCUUCAGGUACCAUUCUGUGAGUGAGCCUGCCCUCUUGAAACCUGUGAUUUCCCUUGGAGCUAUUAAGAUCCGGGGAAGAAUUUUCAAGCCUUUGUUCCCUUUUUCAUGUUUGGGUUUUAAAAGGGUUUAUCAGGGUUCCCAUCUGAGAAAAAAAUAAUUCAAAAGCCUUUCCUUUUUGGAGGGUAUUGAAACAAGGGCAAGGCAGCAGAUAAGAUUGCAGAACUAAUAGAUACCAAUGGCAGAUUGGGGUGGUUUUCUGGACCAAAACAGUGGUUUUGGUGGGGGGUCAAUGAGGAACGAAGAUUUUGAUGAAGAAAAUGUGUGGGGUUUGACCAUGGAGAGGGAGAGAGACUUUUUAAGUCCAAAAAUGAGGGUAUCUAAGGAGUCCUAUGGUUCUUCCUCUGCAUGGCUCGUAUCAACCUCUCCAAGAAAGAUUACAAGGACUAAUAGUGUCACACUACACUCCUUGGAAUCUGAUUCUGAUUCAAAUGUGGUUCAAAGGUCCUCAGCACCUACGAGCAUUCCUGGUUGGUCUAAAAUAUAUGGGAAAAAGGGUGUUGAGGAGGGUGUAAACAACAAGAAGCCUGAUUGUGGUUUUGGAGAUCAUUAUGGUGAUGAUGACGAUGAGGAUGAGGAUGAUAUGAUUCCUCCUCAUGAAUGGAUUGCUAGGAAACUUGCAAGGAGCCAGAUUUCAUCUUUCUCUGUGUGUGAAGGGAUCGGGAGGACACUGAAAGGGAGAGAUCUUAGUAAAGUGAGAAAUGCCAUUUUGACCAAAACAGGUUUUAUAGAGUAAUUGGUGUUGGUGGAUUAAUUCACCACUAUGACUCAUGGUCAUGUCCUUAUUAGUUUCAUGUUUGGCAUCACCACAAUGAAGUCAUCAUCAUUGUCACAUUAGGAUCCCAUGCAAUAUUUUUUAUUUGAUUAUUGGCAUUCAUAUGGAAUUGGAAUGUGAGGUCCUGCUGCUGAGGAACUCAUUAUAGAGCAUGUACGUGAAAGCCAGAGGUGCCCUUUUUGUUUUGUCGUUCUUUUUGUUUUUUUGUUCUAAAUUUUCUGGGAAAAUGGAGUUUUAGGGAAAUGGAAAAGGAGGAGUGGCAACCUCUGAAGCUUUGUCUGGAUUUGUAUUAGACUUAGGCGAAUGGAGUGCACCCUCUGUUGUUACUGAGUUUAAUAGUCUUCAAGUUUUCACUUCUGGCUGGUUGAUCAUUCCUUAACUAUUAUUAAGCUUCAGUAUUCCUUCUUUUUUCA